UAGGCGCGGGCUGAAUCCAUUUUUUGCUGUCGAGUCGUUUGGAACGUUUAAUUUUAGUUUUCCGACAUAAGGCAAAAACGGCUGUAUAAUGCCGUCUACCUGCUCUUUUGAGUUUGAUCGCCCGGAACCGAUUUACUAUAGCGGAGAAACGAUCAAUGGACGAGCCGUUCUGACAACUACAUCCGAAAAGUCGGUAAAUGAGGUUUAUAUUCUUUUCGAGGGCGAGGCCAAGGUAAAGUGGGAUGAGAGCAGGUCAAGAUCCAGUAAUGGGAAGACGCAGCACUACACGGAGCAUUUCCGUGGCAAGCAGACUUACCUCAACACUCGGACCUGUGUGUUCGGAUCCGGAAAUCUCCCUCCUGGAACGCACACCUACAACUUCUGUAUUCCCCUGCCUCUGGAGUGCCCUUCCUCAGUGGUGGGAAAAUAUGGAAAGAUCUGCUACGAGGUCUCCGUGAACAUCGAUCGGCAAUGGCGCUUCAACAACGUCUUUAAACAGCCACUGACGGUACUGCAGACCUACAACCUCAACAUGAGUCCUGAAUUGCUGAUGCCGCUGGUGCGCGAGGACAUCAAGUAUUUCUGCUGUUGGCCCUGCAGCUCGGGUCCGCUUCUUUCGACUCUGACAGUACCCUUCGGGGGUUACGCACCUGGGCAGAAGAUUCGCUUCACCCUGGAAAUCGACAAUCAAUCAAGUGGCUAUGAUCUGGACGGCAUCGAAGUGAUGCUUAAGCAGAUCUACAAGUUCCAGGCCCAAACUCCGCAUCAUAAGACCCGUGAGAAGGAAUACAGUCUGCAUAAAAGUUGCCAGCAGGAGCAGGUGCUGCGGCUCACAAAGAGGGUAAUUGAAGGCACGCUGGCUAUUCCGGCGGUACCGCCCUCCACCCGCAUGGAAGGCAUUAUAUCGGUUAGCUAUAAAGUGAUCCUGACAAUCAGCACGGGCGAGUGCCACGUGGACUCGGACUUCGAGGUGCCGAUUGUCAUUGGCACUAUUCCAUUGAUCCAGAGCGCAGAAAAUCCCUCGCAUGCAGCAGAGUGGAUACCCCAGACACCUGAUACUCCGGCCGGAGCUGCCGCAGAUCUGCCACCCAACUACGACGGAAGCAAACCACCAACCUUCGAGGAGGCCACCCAUUUUGGCGAUAAGUUUAUCGACACCGAUGUGGACGAGCGCAAUCGCACGGACGACUUUAUUCCGCGCUACCCGAUGUACACCAACUUUGCCAUGCCUUCGGCCCCACCACCACCCACUGGGCAUUCGGAUUGCCCUUACCCACAAUCUGCUCCCCUUAUGUCGCUACCUCAUGACGCCACUGCCCCAUUGAUCGGUGGCAACUCCACUGGUCGCCCAACACCAUCCUACGGCUGGAACUCUAACUCAUAGAAACCAAAAACAAGAACCUCAGACGUAAUCUUAUGACGGACUUUACAUUGUCCCGAACAAUAAUGGAUAUUACUUUUUUACACACCUCGUGUCUAGAGUUAAAGUUUGUUAUACUCGUAUUUAUGUUGCAAUGCCAUACCUCAGGAACAUAAAAUUAAUUUAGUAACUGCAACCACAUAUAACAUUUAUAGAAUAACAUUUUGAAAAAUGU